AUAACGAAGCCUGCGCGGGAGGCGGGAAGGAGGAGCCCGCCGGGGCCCCUGCCCUCCGCCCAGCCACCUCUCAGCCGGGCCAGCCCCUCAGGCGGCCGGUGUAACUACAACAAAGGCGUCGGGGCCUGCGGCCGGCGGGUCGCUGGGGCCGGAGCAAAACGGCCUGUCCCGCCCCCCAGACGAGUGCGGGGUGGCGUGGGGCCUUGGGGCCGGGAUCGGCUUUAAGUAGAGUUGUGGUGGCGACGCCCACAGGGCUGUGACUGCUCCCGCCCAUCUCCGCGUACGCGAACCCCAGGCCUGAGGAGCUGUCAUUUAUCUUCUGCUGUCUCCCGAGGUCAGGAGGGGGUCGCGAACAGAGCCUCGAGUUCUGGAAAACAGAUAUAUUUUUGCCAUCAUGGAUCGGUUCGAAGAUAUAUCAGAUGGUGAAGUGGACCAUUCUUUCUUUGACAGUGACUUUGAAGAAGCAAAGAAAUGUGAAAGUAACUCAGUUUUUGACAAGCAAGAUGAUGACCCUAAAGAGAUAAUAGAUAAAGAUACAGAAAAUGUAAACUUGCAAACUGGAGUACAAACAAAGGAAAAUCAUCUUACUGAGAAGGGAAAUGAAAGAAAAGCAAAAGUCCCCCUAGAAGACCACCCAGUAGAGAAUGAUACUACACAAACCAGAAGUUCUUUAUCAUUGACGACUCCUUCAAGAUCAAAAAAAUUUUAUGAUUCUACAACAGGACAUAAAAUACAUAUUCCAAAUGCAAUCCCCAAAAUUGUAAAAGAAGGUGAGGAUGAUUACUACACAGAUGGAGAGGAAAGCAGUGAUGAUGGGAAAAGGCUCCAUGUAAGGUCCAAGUCAGCUAAACUGUCUAAUAACUUUAAAAAAAGUGUUAGUAAAAAGUAUUCCAAAACUAGUUCCUCUUCCUCUUCUUUAUCUUCCUCAUCUUCAAGUUCAGAUACAGAUGGUUCAGAUGCAGGGUGUGAUAACUGCAUAUCUGAUUCACAGCCAUCAUCAAAGAAGCAUGUAUCUACUGUGACACGUUUUUCACCAAAACAUAAAGAUAAGCCAGGAAUAAAAUCAACAGAAACACAACCUUCAAGUACUAAACCAAAAUUUGGUGGGUACACUGAGGAAUCUGAAGAUACUGUGACUGAUGUAACUCCUUUAUCAACUCCGGACAUCAGCCCUGUUCAGUCUUUUGAAUUGGGUGCAUCAAAUGAUCAAAAAGUAAAAGUUAAAAAGCAAGAAAAUGUGAGUCAAGAAGUAUAUGAAGAUGUUGAGGAUUUAAAAACUAAAUCAAAAUAUUCAAAAUCAGCCAAAAAAGAAAAAGAAAAACAUGGGCCCAAUCUCACCACAAAGUCUUCAGCGUUAGAUUCCAAUUUAGACUCCCGGUGUAAACAAAAAGUCUUACAUGACACAAUGGACCUGAAUCAUCUUUUGAAAGCUUUUCUGCAAUUAGAUAAAAAGGAAUCGCAAAAACAUCAUUUUGAUCAGCCUCCAGUGGCACCUAGGAAAAACUACUCUUUCACAAGAGAAGAGGUGAGACAGAUUGAUCGGGAAAAUCAGAGGCUUUUGAAAGAACUGUCAAGACAGGCUGAAAAACCAGGAAGCAAAAGUAUAGUUCCUGGAAGAUCAACUGGUCAUCCCCCUAGGUUGUAUCAUAGUGCUCUCAACAGACAGAGAGAACAGCAAAGGAUUGAGAGAGAAAAUUUGGCUUUACUGAAAAGGCUUGAAGCUGUGAAACCAACAGUUGGUAUGAAACGCUCAGAACAACUGAUGGACUACCAUCGCAACAUGGGUUAUCUCAACCCAUCGCCAAUGUCAAGACAAGUGAGAUCUGCUCUUGGCCAGUAUAGCCCAUUAAGAGGAGCCUCCAGGACUUCCAGUGCUACCAGUGCUCUCAGUUUUAAGAGUGAGCGAUCAGUUCUUGACACGUCCAGUGGACGCUUGCUAAGACCUAGACCCCCUCGUGUCCGUGCAGCUUGGUUAUAAAACCCUUUUUUACAUUGUUCAUCCAAUUUUUAUGGAAGUGCUCUUGCAUAUUACUCUAGUUCUCUGUGCAAACAUUUAUAAUACUGUCUAAAAAUUUAAAAUGUACAACAGUGAGUUGUAAUCUAUUGUUAUUCAGUACAAAAUUGUUGUCAAAAAGACAGUUUAAAAUCAGUGUUUCCUAUGAGGAUAUAUUUAUAUGAGAUGUGUAUGUAUUUAGUAGAGAAACGGUAGUAUACAUGUUUUCUCAGUAUAGAAAUUGAUUCAGUAGUCAUACUGACAAAACAGUCAUGAUGGUAUCAUUGCAUGUUGGACCCAAGAUACUCACUAUAUGUGUUCUCAUAUGUUAUUUUCUUUUCUUCUAAGCUUUAAACCAUGGGCUUAGCUCCUAAAUUUGGCUGACUUUUUUUUAUUUGCUUUAGAACUUAUGUGGUGUGACUCAUAACUUGAUCGUAUGAGAAUUAUACUUUUUUAUUAUGAAACAAAUCUUGAAGUUUUGUUUUCAUUAGUGGAGCUAGGUUUCAUUGGUGGAUUUAGGUUUGAUGAGCAGAUUGAGAGAACUUGUACCAGCGCAAUCCUUGUGAUUCACCAGAGGUAUCUAGUGAAUGUAUAAGUGUGUUGAGUGAGAUCUUAAAAAUUUGGUAAACCAUUCAAAACCUUUCAAACUGUGAAUAUUAGGAAAUUCAACUUAGAAGGCCUCCACUUUUUGUGUUUUUAUACAGUCAGGGUAAGUCCUAUUAAUGAUUCUGAGAAAUGAGGUAGGCUUUACAGAGCUACAUACAGUCUACUACUUUGUGAAUAGUUUGUUUAAGAACGAGAUCAGUUGCAUCAUAAGCGAAAACAAGUAUUUGCUGAAUCAGUAAAAUAGCACCACUACCUUGAAGAGCCAAGAAGCAGAUCCUGAGAUGUGUCAUAAUAGUGUUUUAAGUGGUGCUGUUAGCAUGUGUGUUAUGAUUUAGUAUUUAUUAUAUUAAUAGAGAAGACUUAGGAUAAGAAAGAAAUGCUUGUAACUUUUUAAAUUAGAAUAUAUUUCUGUCAAUCUAUAGGCUCUUACACAACAGGGUAUAAUAUCUCAUAGUCACCACUGAUUUUCAUUACUAGCCUUUCCAGUAUACUCUUAAAAUAUAUUGGAAAGUUUCCAUAUUAAAUGACAAAUCUUUCUUUAUUAAUAUGAAUUUUUGUACUAUAGCCACCAUAAGAUGUGUUUUUUAUUUUUCGGAGCCCAAGUUCUGUAGCAUGUAUGCUGAACUUUUUUUCUAAACACCUUUAGCAGUCAGCCAAACUACAUUUUGCUAAUAAUCAUCAGUUCAAAAUUUCUUGGUCUCAGUCUGUAUUACUAGAUUUUGUUUAGGAUAAGGCUUUCCAAUGAGGUUAGGAAAAGUUCACAUGAACACAGCCUGGCUCUGAAGUUCCACUGCUGCUUCCUUGGGUCCUAAUGUUCAUUCAGCAUUACUUGAUCCUCUGUUGGUACCUAAGUUGCUAUGUCACACCUGCUUUAUGUAUAAGCUUUAGCUAUACUAAAUCAAGGCUUUGCUUUGUUCUGUUUUAUUGUACGUGUAAUGUUUGUAUAACAACGUAUCUUUAUCUUUAACUUAUCUUUAUCAGGAGAGAUAAGGUAGUGCUGAAUUUAAAAUUCAGCAUUUGAACAUCUGCCUGAUGGUAAAUUAGUCAAUUUUUAAAAAUUGUUUUUUAAGUUGUUUGUUUGGAAAAUAUAUAUAUAUACGAUCAUCUACCUUUUAUAUUCAUAAUGGCAUUAGUGUCUGAGUACAUUUUAUAUUAUCUUUGCUGCCACAUGAAAGGAUAAAGCUAUACUUUGAUUGUAGAUACUAAUUUAAUGCCUUUAGUUUGUACUGCUUUGAAAGGGGAAGUUCAUCUAAGUAUUACUUUUAAUAAGGAUUCAACUUGAAGUAAAAGUUGGGAAGAGCAGCAGUCUUCUUUAAGCAGAAUUUUUAGUUCUGUUCUCAUGGUUAUUUAUGAUGAAUGUAAAUGGACGGAUAGGAGUUGCAAAGUGUGGUAUUCUCUGAGAUAGUUAAGGUAUCUUUGAAGUUGUUAUCGUUGAAGGGGCAUUUUUAUGAAGGAUUCAUAAGUAUAUUACUAUUUUCAUUUUUAAGAACAUAAAGGAUGAUCUAACACUAUUUUAUAUUUGGUUGACUUUGACUUAAUGUGUGUAUUUUGAAGAUUUACAUUUAUAACUAGAACAUAUACUAAUCCAAAGUCUAUUUAUUAGGCCAGAUUCUUCUUAUUUUCAUUUCUGUCAGAUGCUAAACUGGUGUGGCCUCCUUUUUAAUGAGUUUCUAUGAAAGAUUUUAUUACACUAUUUAUUAUUUCUUAAGGGGUAGCUAUUAUCUUAUACAACUUCUACUUUCUUUUUCAAUCUCCAUAAAAAGCUGCUUUCUUAACUACUCCAAAUAAAGUUUUCUGGUUUGCUUAUAAAUAUAGUGUAAAGCAGUUGCUUUCAACCCUUUAACCCAAGAGUCUGAAACAGAUAUCUAGACAACUUUAAGAAGUUGAUUGUGAUGGGUAUGAUUGUGUGCUUUCAUCAUCAGAUUCAAGACUGCAUACUAUGAAACGAAUUAAGACCAAUAUAAAGUUGAGGAUGUGGGUUUAUUAUAUUAAUAAUUAAAUUCAUAAAGUUUAAUAUCUUAAAUACCAAAGUCUUAACCUAUAAAUGAUUAUAUACCAUCUUAGAAAAUGUGCCUAACGAUAAUGGCUACUUUAUUUCCCUGAAUAAAGACUAGUAAAAAACUUAAAAUCAACAUCCUUUUAAAUUUUCCUAGUCCAUUGUAAUGUAUCUUAGGCAUGAAGAACUAGCUUGGUAUAGUGAAGAAAGAAAUAAAAGAAUUGAAGAUAACUGA